UGGUUCUGCUCAGCAGACCUGCAGCUGGGAAUUUAACAAGCCUCGGUUUUGAAAAUGCCUCCCGCUUACCGGUCUUUGAAUUUGAUCAAUGGCCUUCCAGAGCUGAGGAAUACCUAACAGCGAGACAAGUCAAUGAAAAAAAUGCAAGUUUCAGGAUCCAAACUACACUAAAAGAUGUUCUCCCUUCACCUUAUGGGAACAGUGCUGUCGAGCAAGCUGCAGUUGCUUUUUGGUUUGUUUAUCGCCAAGAUAUGUCACAAAGUGAUGUGACUUUUAAACUCUUCUGACUGUUCAAAGCCAGCAAGCAGCAGCAAAAUUAAAGCAAGAAAUUUACUUGAGGAUUUUCAAAGAAGAAAGCUGUCUUCCGAGAAGAGCAAAGUAGGACAAUGGCAUCUGGAGAGUGCCUCCUGCUAGACCUGGAAACAGAUAACUUCAUUCUCUACAACAUCUCUGUCAACCACAGUACAAACCUCUCCCUCCUCGGUGACGACUGGUUCUACCCAGCGUUCUUUUACGCCAUCCCCACGAUCUACGGGAUCAUCAUUUUGAUAGGCCUUAUUGGCAAUAUCACUUUGAUUAAGAUCUUCUGUACUGUGAAAUCCAUGAGAAAUGUCCCUAAUUUGUUCAUCUCCAGCUUGGCUCUGGGAGACCUGCUGCUUUUAGUGACUUGCGUGCCCGUGGACGCCAGCAGGUACCUUGCUGACGAGUGGCUGUUUGGCAGAACUGGAUGCAAACUUAUCCCCUUCAUACAGCUCACCUCGGUAGGGGUGUCUGUCUUCACCCUCACUGCUCUCUCAGCUGACAGGUAUAAAGCUAUAGUAAGGCCAAUGGAGAUCCAAGUAUCCCAUGCACUGAUGAAGAUUUGUGUGAGAGCUGCUAUAAUCUGGAUUGUAUCCAUGCUGCUUGCCAUACCUGAAGCAGUGUUUUCAGAUCUGCACCCUUUCCAUGACAAAGUGACUAAUAAAACCUUCGUCAGCUGUGCUCCUUACCCUCAUUCGGAUGGGCUGCAUCCCAAAAUUCACUCAAUGGCAUCAUUUCUCAUCUUUUAUGUCAUUCCGCUAUCUGUCAUUUCAGUAUAUUAUUAUUUUAUUGCUAAGAAUUUGAUCCGAAGCGCUUACAACAUCCCCGUGGAAGGAAACAUGCACGUGAGGAAACAGAUUGAGUCCCGUAAGCGCCUGGCCAGGACAGUAUUGGUCUUUGUGUGCCUCUUUGCCUUCUGCUGGCUUCCCACUCACAUCAUCUAUUUAUACCGGUCCUACCACUACUCAGAGGUGGACACCUCAGUGCUGCAUUUCAUUGCCAGCAUCUGCGCUCGGAUCCUGGCAUUCACUAACUCUUGUGUCAACCCAUUUGCUCUCUACUUGCUCAGCAAGAGCUUUCGGAAACAGUUCAACAACCAGCUACUCUGCUGCAGAGCUCGUCUCCUCAUGCGGUCCCAGAGCAUGGCCAGGAGUACCACACGAAUGACCUCCCUCAAGAGCACCAACCAUUCCCUGGCUACCUUCAGUCUUAUCAACGGCAAUCAUGUCUGCCAUGAAGGCUAUGUCUAAAGGGCACAGUCAGGGACCAAUGCAUCAGGUACUCAGCAUGGCCGCUUGGUUU